AGAUGUUGGGUUUUAUUAUAGUAGCCUGUUUCUGCCAAGGAAUUUUCAGGACAGAAGCAUUCAAAAUUCCACAAGAACCUGUGACUAAAUAUACAGUGGAUCCUGAAUGCUUUUUGAAUGUUACUGAGAUUAUCCAUUAUCAUGGCUACCCAAGUGAGGAAUAUCAGGUUGAGACAGAAGAUGGAUAUAUACUCACAGUUGACAGAAUACCUCAUGGGAGAUAUAAUGAUGGAAACAAAGGUCCCCGGCCUGUUGUGUUUCUGCAACAUUGUGUGGUUGGAGAUGCUUCCCAAUGGAUUUCAAACCAGCCCAACAACAGUUUGGGUUUCAUACUAGCAGAUGCUGGAUAUGAUGUUUGGCUUGGGAACAGCAGAGGGAACUUGUGGUCUUCAAAACAUAAAACACUGGACCCAAAAAAGAAUGACUUCUGGAAAUUCAGUUUUCAUGAAAUGGGAUACUAUGACAUUCCAGCAGUCAUAUACUUCAUUCUGGAUAAAACCGGUCAGCAACAAUUAUCUUAUGUAGGCUUUUCUGAAGGCACAACAAUUGGUUUCAUAGCUUUCUCUUCUUGGCCGAAACUGGCAGAAAGAGUGAAAGUGUUUUUUGCAUUGGGACCCAUAACAACUGUAACAUUUGCUACAACCCCCUUGGUAAAAUUGGGACUACUUCCUCCAUCGUUAUUACGCGCUAUACUGGGCAACAAAGAACUGCUUCAGUUGCCUUUAUUUCUGAGAAAGCUGUUGGCUGCGGUUUGUAGUCAUCAACCUAAAUUGUGCGCUGGUGCAAUUAAUUUUUACGCUGGAGUAAACAUUGCCAAUUUAAACAUGAGCCGAAUUGACAUGUAUACGGCACAUUUUCCUGCUGGAACAUCUGUGCAAAAUGGCCUUCAUUGGCACCAGCUAUUAAAUGGAAAGGUGUUCCGAGCAUAUGACCAUGGCUCUGAGGAAAAGAAUAUGGCAAAGUACAAUCAGACAACUCCUCCUGUAUACAAGAUAGAAGAUAUAAAAACUCCUAUUGCAUACUGGACUGGAGGAAGAGACUUAUUUGUACAUCCAAACGACAUCGCAGCAUUACGGCCACGGAUUAAGAAUCUCAUCUAUGAAAAACAUAUUCCUGAAUGGCAACACUUAGACUUCAUCUUUGGAAUUGAUGCAACUGAGCGCAUGUACAUGAAAAUGAUGGAGAUAAUGACGAAUAUUUAAUUCUACUAAGAGAUGUUUGGAAGUCUUGAUAAAUGUAUUACAUAUACACAGAUAUCAUGGAUAAGAUGAGAGAGCCAUAAUGCAAGUCAAUACUGCUUUGAAGUCUUAGUGCCACUGAGCUGAUAAUUUAGAUGAGGAAGAAACAUCUAUAAUGCUUCUUUGAUGCAACAGAACAGACCCAUGCACAUGCUGAAGCAUAUUCAUUAUCCACUAAAUGCUUCCUUGAAGAUUAAGAAGUGAAUUCUUCU